AUGAAGAGAUACUCAAUAGCUCCUUCUUCGUCCCGUCGAAGGUCUACGAUAAAUCCGAAUUUCACGGAAGCAGGAACAUCAAGGGCUGAAUUGGAAAAACUAGAACAAGAAACAACCUUAGUCUUACAAGAAAUCGAUAAAAAUCUUUCAAAGGCAAAUUCCAUCAUAAACGAUAGAAUUUUUCCAAUUCUUAAAGAAUAUUCUAAUAGUUCUGAUGAUGUGUGGAGCAAUGUCAGCUUUUGGAAGUAUUUCUUUGAGCAAUCUGCAAAUGUUGAAUUAAGUAGCUAUGAAGCUAGAGUCGAUACUACGACUGAUGUGAAUACUAUCGCUAAUACAAGAAACAACUUUUUAUUACUGGAUGAUGAGGAUGAAUUCAAUGAAGAAAGAGACAUUGGAGUCACAGCUGCAGAAAGCAAGCGCGAAGCAGAUCAAAGAGACGAAUUUAAAAAACCUAUACUGAAAUCAGCCGUCGAAGAAAGCACUCCUAGUUGGCCAGAACAGAGGAGACAUCCUGAAAAACAUAUGCACUCCUCUACUCCUCAACUUCAAAAAGCACCUUCAAUUUUAGCAGGUCAUGGUUUCCCUUCAUCGAAGUUUGAUUCUUACGAUAGCAUAGGCAUGCAACCGCCUCCAGCUUUGACAAACGCUUUAAGCAGCAACGAGGCUAUCACCUCUGAAUCCCCCAGGAAACUAGUGGAGUCUGUCCUGGCUGUUAGGACCCAGACUAUAAGACAGUCGUUAGAUAAUUUUCAUAGAAUAUCUAUUUCCCCGAAAAAGUCGAAGACACCAGGCCGAAAAGCUGCAUCAGAGGGCGCAAGAAGGAGAUCAUCCAUGAUUCAAGAUUUGAUAAACUCAUCACCAACUUUACCCGAACCUCCUAUUCUACAGUCUGAGGUGGGUCGCAGUGCUCCUAGCGGUUCCGAAGAAAGAGAAUCCUCAAUUGCGCCACACUCUUUAAAAGAGCAUGAAAGAUUAUCUCCAGUUCUGUUGCCUAAAGAUCUCAGUCCUCCCAAGCUUCAUCAAGGUAAUGUAGGACUACAAAGAUUUCCAACUACACCGAACUUCAGAAAAGAUAAAAAUUAUGAUGAUGUCGAGAAUAUAUUGCGGACUCCUAUGGGCGUUCGUAUCAGAUUUGGAGGAGAUGAUAGCGAUAUACCACCUCCACAGCUACAGAAUAAUCCACUGGGGUUUGAAAAUGUUGAAUUGAGUAAGUCUUCCGAGUAUGAUAUCCAACCACAAAUGGCGACGAACAUAUCGAAAGAAGACAGAAAGGAUACUAAUGGUGAUUUUUACUCUGGAAAAAGGAAGAAAUCUAAAAUACAGGCGAUAAACUCUGAAGAGAAUAUAUUUCUUGAGAACAGUAACCAAAGAAAUAACUCUGUUACGUCCACUAUUUACCAUUCUAUCACAAACAACAAUGAAAAUUUAGUCAUCGCUAGCAAUGAAACUUCAGCACAACUUCAUAAUUCGAAAGAAAAUACUGGUAGUCAUUCUCAAUCGAGGUCUAUAUCAAAUUUAUUUGAAGAAGUAUUAACCAAUAUGUCGUCAAAAAAUGGAGAGGAAUUGCAGCAAAACAAGGAACCCCAAAGUAAAGAUAUUUUUGGCGAAAUUUCUGCCAGUCAAAAUGAUAACACUACAGAGAACUCUACAAGUGAGCUAGGUUCUUUAUUGAGCGAGAGAUAUAAAAAUCUUACGAGUCACAAGUAA